AUGUAUUAGCUUCGUAUUACAAUAGUUUCACUUUAAUUUUUCCGUGUAACGGUGGCAAGGAACUGUUUCAAUUGGAACCGUCACUGAUUCUAUUAAACCACAUCGUUUGCCCCAAAGAUCGGGAAUUAAUUAUUUCCUCUUGAAAUUACAGUUUGGUUCUUUAUUUAAAAUUGGAAUUAUAGUAAGAGAAAACAAAAAAACAAGACCAACUUGAAAAAUAAUUUUAAUAGCUACAGAAACAGCAUUAAAACCAAAAGGUAAUAUUUUUCCUCACUGGAAAGCAGAUGUGUUAGAUUGGGAAACAAUGGCAGAAAGGAAAGGUCAAUAUCCUGAAUAUUCUUUCGAAUCUGGCCAACGUUAUUGCAUUUUUUUUUGUAAUGAGUUUUCAGGCCAGUCAAAAGAGCGAAAAGGAGUAGGUGAUGAAAUUAAAAAAAUAAACAAAAUUUUCAAAGACAGAUUGGGUUUUCACAUAGUAUAUAAGAAGAACAAAAGUUUGAAGGAAACCAAAAAGAUUCUGGAAAAUAUUUCAGAGGAAUACAAAGAGGAAAUGAAAUGCGUAGAGAAUGAAAUGGAAAUGAUAGAGGAAAAAAUGGCAGAGAAUAAUUCCAUGGAAGAAAAACUAAAUGGAAUUAAAAAGAGGGUGAAAGAAAUGGAAAGUGGAAAGACAGGGGUAAGGAAAAUAAUCGCAGACGAAAUAAAGGAAAUGCAAAAAGUGAAAGAGGAAAAUGAAAAGGAGGAAAACAAAAAGAAAGGAAUCAUAGAGGAAAUGGAAAAGGAUAACAAAGACAGACCACUCAGUUGUUUUGUUUUAAUCUUCUCUUCUCAUGGUAGUGAGGGUAUGAUUCAAGCUAGCGAUGGUCAGUCUGUAACUUACAAAGAAAUUAAUGAUUACUUAAAUAUUCCGCUUUUGAAAGAUGUGCCCAAAGUACUUUACCUCAGUGCUUGUCGCAAUAAAAUAAAAGGUGUUAAUAAAUGUGAUUUAUUUCAAUCUUUUGAUAUUCCUGACAUGCUUGUAAUGCUAGCUGUGCCUUCUGGGGAUUCUGGUAAGAGAACUGACUAUACUGGUAGUCGUUUCUUAAACUCAGUAUAUGAAAUUUAUUCAAAGAACGAAGACAUCGAUGUCAUGUCACUGGCUGUUGAUAUUAAUGAUCAUCUUUACAUAUAUAAACAGAAGACUGAUGUUGAACAAAAGGCUGUAUGCUUUAGUACUUUGAAGAAAAGACUGAUUAUUAAAAAAAAAGAACAAUCAGAAAAGCAAAAGGAGUGACAAUUCUCCUCCUGCCCUCAUCUUGUCUAUCAUUUAACUGAAUACCCAAGUGCUGGGGUAGACUUGGCAACCUUUUGGGGGAAAAAAUCACAAUCUGAAUGAAAAUAAUUGUACUUUAAUUACAACUACAUUUCACUGAAGAACCAUUUAAUAAUUCACAGUGUUGUUCAAAUUCAAUUUAACCCUUUCGUUACCAAACUGGCUCUGGCUCUUUAGUAUAAAUGUCUUGUUUCCAUAAGUUUUGAAUUAAAAUCUGCCACCAAACCUUAGUCACAAUUUAUGUUCCUAACACAAGCUCAA